AUGGAUGCGGUGGAGAACGACUCGAUACGGAAACCGAAAACCUACGUCGAAACGAACCGGAAGUUCAAACGUUUGACUUUAAUAAACAACAACAACAACGGAAAAAUCGUCGGUUUGGAGAUUCUUUUAAUCAGCGAUAGGAGUUUAUUAGGGACGAAAAACGAGGACGAUGUCUUAAAUACUGGCGGCGAUGAUGAUGACUUCGCGGGGAAAAAAAACGAGGAAACAGAAUCGGAAUCAGACGAGGAAGAAGAAGAAUCUGGAUCGGAUAUGAUGUCCUCAGACGAUUCAGACGACGAGCACGAAGGGGCAAAAGAAGGGUUGAAAACAGCCGCCUGCGCGGUGGAAGUUUCCGUUGGGUACCUCUCCGACCCGGAGAACUUCCACGGAUUGUCGCAUUUUUUAGAACACAUGGUGUUCAUGGGAACGAGGACGAACAGGUCGGAAAAUUUCUUCGACGAAUGGUUGAGUCGAAAUUGGGGGUCACAAAACGCGUACACGGACACGGAAAAGACGGUUUUUCACUUCGACGUGCACCCGAAACGUUUGAAAGAAGGCGUGGAAAUCUUUAGCAAGUUUUUUACGGAACCGUUGAUUUUGGAGCGAGCGCUCGAACGCGAAGUGACGGCGAUUGAGAGCGAGUUUGAGAGGGUGGUGAAUAGCGAUGGGGUGAGGAUGGAGCUUUUGUUAGCGGAUUUAGCGAUCGAAGGGCAUCCUUACAGGAAGUUUGGGUGGGGGAACAGGCAGUCGUUGACGGAAUCAGAGGCGUAUAAGGAGAAGAAUGGCGCGAGGAAAGCGCUGAAGAGACAUUUUAAGGAACAUUACCACGCGAGGAGGAUGAGCGUGGUCGUGUGCGGGGCGGAAGAGUUGGAGGAGUUGGAGGAGAUGGUUUUGAGUGCGAAAGCGUUCGGGAGUUUAUGCGUGCAAGAAGAAGAGGAGAAGGAGGAAGUUGAUAAUGGAAACGAUGAUGAUACCAAUAAUAAAAUAGUCGACGAGUACGUCUCCCAAUUCGAGCGAAUCGAUGAGGUCAAUUUGAGCGACACAUACGGUCAGCCGUUCGCGCAUCUCGUUCCCUCGUUCGUCAAAACGUCUCAAGUGAAAACCGGUACGCAGUUGACGUUAGUCUUUCAACUGUCAUCGAAGAUUAACCGGAAUUAUCUCUCCAAAUCGGUGAAUUUUAUUGAAACGUUAUUAGGACACGAAGGCGAAGGAUCGUGUUUCGAGGCGUUGCGUAAACGAGGCUUGUGUUCGGAGUUGUGCGCCGGAGUGAGUCGAGGCGGUUUAGAUGAUACGAGCAUUUCGGCGUUGUUGUCGGUAUCGAUUAAAUUAACCGAACGAGGCGCGACGCGAACUGAGGAUAUUCUUUUCAUCCUCUUUACGUAUUUACGCCAAAUCGAAACUCUUUUAUCCUCCAACGGCGCUCGAUUUUACGACGAAAUGCAACAAAUUUCGCAAAUUGAAUUCGAGUAUUCGGAAUCCGAACACGCGUGCGAAUUCGUGGAAAGAUUGGUGUCGGACGUGAGACGGUUUAGCCCAGAGAACGUUUUGUACGGCGACUCGUACUGGCAAAGGUACGAUGAAAACGAGAUUCGCGAGGUGUUGUCGAUGCUCACGCCGGAAAACGUUUUAGUCAUUUUAGCGAGUUCGGAGUAUAAAGGAAACGACGCGGCUACAAUUGAACCGUGGGUAAAGUUUCCGUACGAGGUCGAGUCUUUUAAAUAUACCGCUUCGACGUCGGACGCUCAAGAUAUGCAAAAGGUUGAGAAGGAACUUGGAUUUCCGAGUAAAAACAGGUUCAUUCCGAAAGAUUUGCGUAUGCAUAACGAGAUCGAGAAACUUUUUCCAGUAAACGGAAACGAUAGUAUUAACACAACCACCACCACCAGCACCACCAAUCACGCGACGUUAGAAGUCACUCCGAAAAUUAUCUACAACGAGUGCGGCGUGCUCCGUCUUUGGGCUAAACUCGGAUGUCGCGAGUUCAAGACGCAACCGAAAGCGAGCAUGUAUUUCAACGCCAAUUUACUCGUCGAAGAAAGCGUUCACGAUACCAUGUGCUUGAAAAUGUUCGCGCUAAUGCUUCAGGAUUCCGUGAACAAAGAUAUAUACUACCCUGCGCACGUCGCCGCGAACGAGUGUUCCGUACACGUUCUGGCACAAUCCACCGGCGUGUCGUUUAGAUUCGACGGGUGGUCGGACACAAUCUCGGAACUCGCGUUGGCGUAUUUUCGAAGAGCUGCAUCCGCCGAUCAAUCGUUCAUACAAGAAGAAGACCGGUUUCAAAAAGUCAAAGAGACGGCACUACAAGACAUGCAAAACAUGGUUCUGAAAGUCAGGUCGCACUGCGCGAUUCUUUCGAGAUUGAUGAAGCACGAGAAAGAGCACAGUUUACAGGAGAAAGUUGCAGUUUUGAAAGAAGUCACCUCCGAGGACGUGAUUCGAUACGGCAAAAAGUUCUUUCAGAACGUAUUCAUAGAAGGUUUGUUAGUUGGAAACAUCACGGAAUCUAUGGCGACGAAGCUUGGCGACAGUUUGAAACAAUUACUCGUCAAUGCCGCCGCCACUACUGCGGGCGCGUCUGAAAACACCAGUGGCGAAGAAGUUACUCGCGGUAACAACAACAACAACAAUGCUUUGGUCUUUUCUCGAGUCGUAAACCUCCCACCAGGAACGAACCAUUCUAUCCAUGUCAACGCCGUGAACAAAGACGAAGUGAACUCUGCGAUUACGCAUUACUACCAAAUCGGUCCAUCAAAUAGCGCGUCCAGAGCCAUCGCUUUACUCUGCGAACAAUUCAUGUCGGAGAAGAUAUUCGACCAAUUGCGAACGAAAGAGAGUUUAGGAUACGUCGUUUCCGCGUAUUUCGAAUCUUCGAAUGAAAUAUUAGGCUUUAACGUUCUCGUAGAAAGCGCAUUCCACGCGCCGAAAUUUGUUUCGGAACGAAUCAAAUGCUUUUUAGACGCGUUUCCAUCCGUGAUUGAAAAUCUAACCGACGAGGAGUUUAACAAACAACGCGUGUCGUUAAUGGAAGAGUUAUUAGCGGAAGAUGCGAAUUUGCGAGAACAAUCUGGAAGGUAUUUCGCGCACUUAAAGAAUCGAAAGUAUCAGUUUCACCGAGCGAGAGACGUUGCUGGACACGUAAGUACGAUUACAAAAGCCGACAUCGCUCGAUUUUGUCGAGAGACGUUUAGUGAUUCUUCUACGAACGCAUCCGAUGGCGACGCGAGAAGCAAGCAGUUGAGUGUGAGCAUUCACGGCAAGAAUUACCCGGUGGAAGAGAAAGAAAAGUCUGAAGUGAAAGAAAUCAUCGCUAUAAAAGGAGAAUAUGGCUAUUAUGCAACCGAGGAAGGUGACGGAGUCACCGUCCCGGAAUUGUACAUUCCAAGUAAGAAGAUUGCAAACGCGCAUUCGAUGGACGUGGCCAUCAGCGGCGCCUCACACGCGAAUCCAGAUACCACCGCGAUGAACGAAGACACCAUCGAUGCACAAGAAGAAGGAACAAAGCAACAACAACAACAACAACAAUUUUAUUCGUCCAAAGUGAUGAAAACCUGCGAAACGCCCUCUUGCGGGUUUUGCGGCAAUGGAAAGAGGAAGAUGCCGUUUAGUUUACCAUCGGGAAACUAA